AUGUAUUUAUUUUCAGUGAGGGAGUGCAUCUCUGUGCAUAUUGGACAAGCAGGUGUCCAGAUGGGAAAUGCAUGCUGGGAGCUCUACUGCCUGGAGCAUGGCUUCCUGCCUGAUGGGACCAGCAAUGGCAACCUUCAGGCAGACUCCUCCUUUGGGACAUUUUUCUGUGAGACUGGAUCUGGAAAGUAUGUUCCUAGAGCUGUGUUCAUUGAUCUGGAGCCAACUGUGGUUGAUGAAAUCCGCAAUGGACAUUACCGCCAGCUGUACCAUCCAGAGCAGCUCAUCAGUGGCAAGGAGGAUGCUGCCAAUAACUAUGCCCGUGGGCACUAUACCAUCGGGAAAGAGAUUGUUGACUCUGUGCUGGACCGCAUGCGCAAAAUGUCUGACCAGUGCACAGGGCUCCAGGGCUUCCUCAUCUUCCACAGCUUUGGAGGAGGGACUGGCUCUGGCUUCACCUCCUUAUUGAUGGAGCGCCUGUCUGUGGACUAUGGGAAGAAGUCAAAGCUGGAGUUCUCGGUCUACCCAGCACCCCAGGUGUCCACGGCUGUGGUGGAGCCUUACAACUCAAUCCUGACCACCCACACCACCCUGGAGCACUCGGACUGCUCCUUCAUGGUGGACAAUGAGGCCAUCUUCGACAUCUGCAUGCGCAACCUCAAUGUGGAGAGGCCGUCCUACACCAACCUCAACCGCCUCAUUGCCCAGAUCGUCUCCUCCAUCACCGCCUCCCUCCGCUUUGAUGGUGCCCUGAACGUUGACCUCACCGAGUUCCAGACCAACCUGGUGCCCUACCCCCGCAUCCACUUCCCCCUGGUCACCUACUCUCCCAUCAUCUCGGCAGAGAAAGCAUACCACGAGCAGCUCUCUGUGCCGGAGAUCACCAACGCCUGCUUCGAACCUCCCAACCAGAUGGUGAAAUGUGACCCACGGAGGGGCAAGUACAUGGCCUGCUGCCUGCUGUACCGUGGCGAUGUGGUGCCCAAAGAUGUCAACGCUGCCAUUGCCAACAUCAAGACGCGUCGCUCCAUCCAGUUUGUGGACUGGUGCCCCACGGGGUUCAAGGUGGGCAUCAACUACCAGCCGCCCACAGUCGUCCCCGGGGGAGACCUGGCCAAGGUGCAGAGGGCCGUGUGCAUGCUGAGCAACACCACCGCCAUUGCUGAAGCCUGGAGCCGCCUCGACCACAAGUUUGACCUGAUGUAUGCCAAGCGCGCCUUUGUGCACUGGUAUGUGGGCGAGGGCAUGGAGGAGGGAGAGUUCACUGAAGCCAGAGAAGACAUGGCUGCCCUGGAGAAGGAUUAUGAGGAAGUUGGGGCAGAGUCUGCAGAGGGUUGUGAGGAAGAGGAAGAUGAAUAUUAA